UAGACAUUCUGUAGAUGUGGGUAAUCUCCAACGCAACCGCAAGAGGGAGAUUGCAUCGACUCGAUCUACUUCACGCAAAGGCAAAGGUAAAGCGCGGGCCGAGUCUUCUUUUCAAAGUCGAGAUGAUUUUGAAACGGAUUACCAACGGCGAGAUGGUAUGAUGAUGUCCGACGAGGAACUACAACACCUAUUGUCCCAAAAUGAUCCACGUUUUGCACAAGAACAACAAUUCCCGAACCCCAUCGAUGAAGAGGAGCUCGAGGAUGACGAUGGGGAGGACGACGCGGGGGGCGACGGGACUCCGGAUGAUGA